AUGGAGCACAUGAAUGACUCUGUGGUGGCUGAGUUUGUGUUGCUGGGGCUUGCACAAUCCCUGGGAAUGAGGUUUUCCCUUUUCCUCUUCUUCUCUUUAUUUUAUGUGGGAGUUGUUCUGGGGAACCUCUUCAUUGUGUUUACAGUAAUUUUUGAUCCUCACUUACACUCCCCCAUGUAUGUGCUGCUGGCCAACCUUUCCCUGGUUGACCUGGGCCUUGCAUCCACCACUGUCCCUAGGGUGCUCUCUGAUCUUCUCACUGCUCACACCGUCAUCUCCUUCCACAGCUGCAUGACUCAGAUGUUCUUCAUCCACGUCAUGGGAGGGGUGGAGAUGGUGCUGCUCAUAUCUAUGGCCUAUGACAGAUACACAGCGAUCUGCAAGCCUCUCCACUACUUGACCAUUAUGAAUUCCAGAACGUGCAUGCUGUUGGUAGCAGCUGCCUGGGCCAUUGGUAUGAUUCAUGCUGCGUCUCAGUUUGUAUUUGCCAUAAACUUACCUUUCUGUGGCCCUAACAAUGUGGGGAGCUUUUAUUGUGACUUUCCUAGAGUUAUGAAACUUGCUUGCAUGGACACAUACCAACUAGAAUUUGUGGUGACUGCCAACAGCGGCUUCAUAUCAAUGGGCACCUUCUUUUCCUUAGAUGUAUCAUACAUCUUUAUCCUGGUCACUGUCUGGCAACAUUCCUCCAGCGAUUUGUCCAAAGCAUUCGUUACUCUGUCAGCUCACAUCACUGUGGUCAUCAUGUUCUUCACUCCAUGCAUGUUUCUCUAUGUAUGGCCUUUCCCUACAGAGUCACUAGAUACAUUUUUUGCUAUUGUGGACUUUGUUGUGACCCCUGUUUUAAAUCCUACCACCUAUACUUUAAGGGAUAAAGAUAUGAAGCUGGCCAUAAGAAGGCUGAGUAGACAGGUGGCAAGUUCUAGGGAGAUGUCACCAUAUAUUCUGCAUCAGCACCGCCAUGAUCACUAG